AUGAGAAUCUUUUCUAUUACUACUACUACAAAGGCCGCUCUGCUGUUGGCAGUCUCGUCAGGACCCUGUGGAGAUGCCUGGAUACCCAACAGCAUGAUGUCUCAGCGGCGUCCAGUGGCGACGAGCAGGGUGCCGUUCCAACUCGUCAUGGCAGUCAGCAACGAGGAUACUGAGCCCACCAAGCCAGCAGUGGAUCCAACGACAAUGGACGCCUACGCCAAUUUCAUGGCUCCGACGGUACCAACCGCCAAGCAAAAAGAACAAGAAGCGAGCAGUAAUGGUGUCAAGGUCGACGACACUGCCAAGGCCCGUCAAGAAGCCACGGCCAAGGCACUCCUCGAGGCGCGAUUGGCCAUGGAACAAAAGGCACGCAUAUCCAAACAAGCACAAGCGAAAAAAGAAUUGACCGCCACCGAAUUGGCGUACAAGGAAGCGGCAGCAGCUGUCCAGAAAGAAACUCCACCUCUGCCACUGAAGAGAAAGGUCAAGAAAGCAACGAAAACACCAUUGGUGGAAAUGAAAGAAGCGCCAAAGACAGAGGAGCCACCAGUGCUUGAAAAGAAGGAAGAGCCAGUGGCACCGGUAGCGGCAAAUAAAGAGGAGCCACCAGUCAUCACACAGAAAGACCCGGUUGUAGAAAUCAAGAAGGAACCACCGGCUGCAGCGAAAAAGGACGAGCCUGUCGUAGAAGCAAAGAAGGAAGAGCCUCCAGUUGUGGCAAAGAAGGAACCUGCAAUUGAAAAGAAAGCGGAGCCACCAGUUGUUGAAAAGAAAGAAGAGCCAUUGGUGCCUGCAGUGGCAAAGAAAGAAGAACCAACAGUCGUCUCACAGAAAAACCCGGUCGCAGAAAUAAAGAAGGAACCACCGGCUGCAGCAAAGAAGGACGAGCCUGUGGUAGAAGCAAAGAAGGAAGAGCCUCCAGUUGUGGCAAAGAAGGAACCUGCUUUUGAAAAGAAAGAGGAGCCACCAGUUGUUGAAAAGAAAGAAGAGCCAUUGGUGCCUGCAGUGGCAAAGAAAGAAGAACCAACAGUCGUCUCACAGAAAAACCCUGUUGUAGAAGCAAAGAAGGAACAACCUGCUGCUGCGAAAAAGGACGAGCCUGUGGUAGAAACAAAGAAGGAAGAGCCUCCAGUUGCGGCAAAGAAAGAACCUGCGAUCGAAAAGAAAGAGGAGCCACCAGUUGUAGAAAAGAAAGAAGAGCCAUUUGUAGCGAAAGCAGCUGAGUCUCCACAAGUGCCAAAGAAGAAACUGGUGGUGCCAAAAAUCAAAUCCCGAAAGAUUGAGACUCCCGAUGUCAAGCCCGAAAUGCCCAAGCCAGUCGAAAAGGUCCCGGAUGCGGACGCCAAGGCAACUGUAUCAUCACCAGCCAAGUCCCAACCGUCAGCGACAGAGUCCACAACACCCAAGGCUGACGCACCCAAGCCGGUCGACAAGCCUGCCGAGAAAAAAGCGGAUCCACCCACGCCUGUGGCGGAGGAGCCAAAACUAAAGGUAGAAACGGCACCUUCAAUACCACCAAAGCCAGCAGAAGCAAAAGUCGAAGCAGUCGUGUCCACGCCACCAAACACAAAAAAGGAUUCUACACCCCUUAAGGCAGAAGAACCAAAUGUGGUUGUCGAGCAACAAGCCAAGUUUUCUCCACCGCCACCAAAGACGAUGGUGGACAAACCCAAGAUUGUCCAAGAACAGCCAAAGGUCGUAGCAGAUCAACCCAAGCCUGAACAACCCGUUGUGGCAGAAGAACCCAAGGUGGUUGUUGAACAAAAAGCCAAGUUCUCUCCACCGCCACCAAAGAAGACAGAGGACAAACCCAAGAUUGUCCAAGAAGAAAAGCCAAAGGUAGUAGCAGACAAACCCAAGCCACAACCCGUGGUGGCAAAGGCUGUCAAGGAAGAAAAACCAAAUGUCGUAGCCAAACCACCCAAGCCAUUUUAUAUGGGGGCAGAAGCCAAGGCUGCGAAACAAGAAGAAAAGCCUACUGGUGUCGACGCCAAAUCCAAGCCGGAGCCCGUGGUUGGAAAAGCCAAGGCUGUCGAAAAGGACGAGACAUUGCCUGGAAAGAAAGUUUCUGCGGAAACAGCCGUGGCGGUCGACAAAUUGAUGGAAGAAGUCGACACAGCCCUGAGUGAAAUCGAUGACAAGAAGAAGGCCAUGAAGGUGGAAGGGACAAUCCAAGUGGAAAAAGAAAAAGAAACAACCAAAGUGGUAGACAUUCCCAGCAUGGAUAUUCCUGUCAAGUUGCCCAAGAUUGAUAUUCCACCGGAAGCUGUAGGACAGGCAGCUGCUACGGCCAAAAAGGGCGCAGAAGCACUGCUUCAGGGGGCAUCCUUUUUCGCCAAGGAAGGGUACGAAUUUGCUCUGCGGGCCAGGGACAACAUGAAUACUACCACGUUGGAAGACACGGAUCUCACAUAUGCAGAAGCUUUCGAUAAAGUGGUCAUGGGUGUCAAGGGAUUUGUCAAACUUUGUGCCGUGAUCGGUGGAUUGCUCCAGGAAGGCGCCAAUGCUAUUGCCGAUGAAAUACAGGCAGCGAAUCAACGAGCGUCGGAGCGGCAAACGGCAGAAAAAGCUGCGACGGCUGCCGUCGUCCAGCAAGUAGCAAAAGCAUCCACCGCGGAGGUGGAAGAGCCCGAGCCAGUUUUAUUAAUCAACACCGACAAGGCGAUUGCGAAGAAACAAGAGGAAUCUACGAGUACCCCCACAUCACAACCAAAGAAACGAGAGGAAUCUACGAGUACCCCCACAUCACCACCACCAGUUGAAACCAUUCCGUUGGACAUUAAAGUUCAUGAACUCAAGUCCAAAGCCAGUUCUGUCUUUGGCAAUAUCAUGGCUUCCGCUUCUUCUGCUCUUGAGGAAGCCAAGGCCCAAGUACCCAUCAAAGAGUUGGAAAAGAUUCAGGGUAGCAUUGGAAAUUUCCAAAAACGAAGUUCCAAAAAGAGCCCAGUCAAAAAGGUAGAGAGCACUCCUCCUGAACCAACGGAGACAAAUGCAUCGGACAAGACAGACGACAAAAAGCCUUCGCCGUUCUUUUUCAUGGAUGUGAAGGACUAA